UCAGGCGAAGUGCGCAGCUCCAAAUUGUGUAACUAACAGCCUCGGCAUGCUCGCGGAGGCCCGAGGAGUUGUCGCGCGCACUCAGCAGUACCGGAAGGUUUCCGUGGGCGAGCUCUGUGUGUUUUCGGUGCCGGGACGCCGUUACUGCUCUUUUCCGGAGCGGGGGAUCGCGGAGUUCUGCGCGUGAGCCGCUGGACUGAAGGUGGAGGAUGGAGGUGAUGGAGGAGGCGUCUGCUGCUCGCUUCUGUCCCACUAAAGCCCCGGGCAGCCUGAUGAAGUGGAGGAAGAGGGUCAAGUCCGAGUACAUGAGGCUGAGGCAGCUGAAGCGCUUCCGCAAGGCCGAGGAGGUGAAGGCUCUGUUCCUGUCAAACAGGCGUAAGAUUGAGGGAAGGACCGACCUGUUAAACGAGGAGUGGUCUAAGCUCAGGAUCCAGUCCAUCCCUCUAUCCACACCGAGUGGCUCGCUGGCCAGUAAGAAGCAGUGCAUGGUGGAGUUCGACUUUCCCUCAUUCCCCAGCCAGGCAGUUGCCAUGAGACCCCUGACAACGGUUGCUGGGAUACCAUUCAUGUACUCCUGGUCCCCCUUGCAGCAGAACUUCAUGGUGGAGGAUGAAACAUUUCUGCACAACAUCCCUUAUAUGGGAGACGAGGUACUGGAGCAGGAUGAAGCUUUUCUUGAGGAGCUCAUAGAUAACUAUGAUGGGGUCCAUGGGGAUAGAGACAGAGGCUUCAUCAACGACGAGAUCUUUAAGGAGCUUGUGGAGGCUCUGAGUCAGUAUUCGGAUCAGGAUGAGGAGGAGGAGAGCACGGAGGAGGAGGAGGAGGAUGGAGAGCAGGAGCGAUGCCUGAGGAAGAGCACAGGAGAGAGUUCGGCUGAGAACAAGGCUGGAUCUCUGGCCUUUAAGAGGAAGCGCAGGAGAGUCACUGAGGGCAGUGAGCUGUCUGUCAGUAAGAAAAUCCCUCACGACAAGAUCUUCACUGCCAUCGCGUCCAUGUUCCCUUAUAAAGGCACGAUGGAGGAGCUCAAGGAGAAGUAUAAAGACCUGCUGGAGCCUGCGAGUGCGGUGAAGCUUCCUCCUCUCUGCACCCCCAACAUGGACGGCCCCUUCGCCAAGUCCGUGCAGCGAGAACAGAGUCUGCACUCUUUCCAUACGCUCUUCUGCCGCCGCUGCUUCAAAUACGAUUGCUUCCUUCACCGUGAGACCACUGGCACUUGUCAAGCAGACACACAGCAUCGUACAUUCCAUGCCUCCCCUAAUGUCUAUAAGAGGAAGACUAAAGAGAUCCGGAAAGAGACGGAGCCCUGUGGAUUAGACUGCUUCCUGCUACAGAAAGGAGCAAAAGAGUUUGCCGAUCAGUACAUGUUGAGGUCACGGAGGUCUCGUCGGCGCAGGCGCCAGCCACGCCCCUCCAGCUCAACAGGCCCUGCCCCCUCGGGUUCAGCCGAGGAGAGGAAAGAUGGAGAGAGUGACCAUGAGACCACAAGUUCCUCGGAGGGUAACUCUCGGUGUCCCAGCCCCACUAAGCUGAGGCAGGGUGAGGAGCUGAUGGAGGAAGGCGCGUCUCCUCUGCAGUGGAGCGGCGCAGACGAGUCGCUCUUCAGAGUUCUGCACGGCACGUAUUACAACAACUUCUGCUCCAUCGCACGCCUCCUCGGCACCAAGACCUGCAAACAGGUAUACGAGUUUGCCGUGAAAGAGGUCCUGAUUCAUCGAGUUCCUCUAGAAGAUGGAGGCAUCUCACCCCAAAAGAAGAAAAGAAAACACCGGUUAUGGGCCAAGAUCCAGUUAAAGAAAGAUAAUUCGUCUAAUCAGGUGUACAACUACCAGCCAUGUGACCACCCCGAGCAUCCGUGCGACAGCUCGUGUCCCUGUGUGAUGACCCAGAACUUCUGCGAGAAAUUCUGCCAGUGUGAUCAAGAGUGUCAGAACCGUUUCCCAGGCUGCCGCUGUAAGACGCAGUGUAACACCAAGCAGUGUCCGUGUUACCUGGCUGUGCGUGAGUGUGACCCCGACCUCUGCUUGACCUGUGGAGCUUCGGACCGCUGGGACAGCAAGCAGGUUUCCUGCAAGAACUGCAGCAUCCAGAGAGGAUUCAAAAAGCACCUGCUCCUGGCUCCAUCAGAUGUAGCAGGAUGGGGAACUUUCAUCAAGGAGCCGGUUCAGAAAAACGAGUUCAUCUCCGAGUACUGUGGAGAGCUUAUUUCCCAGGAUGAAGCAGACAGAAGAGGCAGAAUCUACGACAAGUACAUGUCCAGCUUCCUGUUCAACCUGAACAACGACUUUGUGGUGGACGCGACACGGAAAGGGAACAAGAUUCGCUUCGCUAACCAUUCGGUCAAUCCCAACUGCUACGCAAAAGUGGUAAUGGUGAAUGGCGACCAUCGCAUCGGGAUCUUUGCCAAAAGGGCCAUCCAGCAGGGAGAGGAGCUGUUUUUCGACUACAGUACAUCCCUGGAUCCCUCGUAGGUACAGUCAAGCCGACGCUCUCAAAUACGUGGGCAUCGAGAGGGAGAUUGAUGUGGUCUGAUUUUCCCGCCUUCCGUCUUUCCUGCCCGCAAUGCACCUCCCCUCACUCAGGACUGCAGUUCUAUAAUGUGGUUGCCUGGAUACAUCUUCGGUUACAAGAAGGGAUUCUGUGAUGUCAUAACAUUACGAUAACGGUAUGAUAUCAAAGAAUCGCUCAUGACAAAAUAUCACAAAAUUAAAAAAAAAAAAAGUUUGGAUAAAAAACUUUCGGUAUUUUAGAACAUGGGGUUAAUUGAAUUGUCUGGACUAGCAUGUUUGUUGGUGUGUAAAGUAAAAAAAAAAAAGAGGCUAGUGUUCUUAAUAGAAAUCACUCUUACAGGUCAAGGAUUUCCAACAAUUAUUUUAUACAAAAAAAAAGAGCGUAAGCUAGCUAACAAUGUUAGCUUAUUCGGUUAGCUAAUAUGCUAAUUAGUGAUGCAUUAACAUUCCCAGCUUAACCUGACAGGAAUGCUAAACAAAUAAUCCCCAGCUAUAAGAUACACAUAGCUAAAUGUGCUAACUUAGCAGUUUCUGUUAUGCUAGCAGCAUGCAGGCUAGUACAGGAAAUAACAGUCUAUUAUACUAAUGCAAAUGGCUCACAUUCUACUAAGAACAUUAGCUAGUCCUGAAUGGUAGCACUUGCUACAGAGCUAGCACACGAAUGAUACGAUUAGCAAAGUAAUGUGGGAAUAUUUGUACCUCAUGUUCACUUAGCUAUGCUACAGCAAUGACGGAACGACUUAUCAAUCUGAAAAGUUAAAAAAAAAAUCACCUCAGAUAGGGGUGUCCCUUUCCAUUACUCACAUAUUUUUUAUUUUUCCUGACAAGAAGGCGUCAAAAGCUGCUAAUUUGGCUAAUCUGGAGCAGAGCGCGUUCUUCACUUCAGUUAACGUUUUCACGGUGUGGUAAACUCUGUACACAAGCUUCUGAAUAGCGGUUUUAGCAUCCUUAUAUCCUCUACAUCAUGUAUAGUUGCAAACUAGGAGACAUAUGUAUGGUUGCUGUUAGUUUUGGUCAGUUUAUUCACACGGAAACGGAUGAACUUCACAUCUGCAAUAAUGUUAUCGUUAGCGAUUAUGCAGCGUGCUGUAAUGUUAGCUUGUUACGCUAAUCUGCAAAGCUUUGCCAUUUGCUACUUUAACAUUCACACACUUUUUUUUUUUUUUAAGAAAUGUUUCUAUAACGAUGCCAUCUCAUAUCAGCAACGCUAAUCCGUAUCGAAACGGGAUCCCUGGCUACUCCAGCGCUAACAUUUCAGCUGUGGCUAACUAUGUAGCACAAACAAGCAGAUAAACUAGCAACAGUCACAAGUUUCCACAGGGUUGCCAUGUUUCAGCAGGAAUUCUAGACCAACAGCACAUCAUCACAAAAAUGACUUGAGACUAUCCCAAAAUAUUCAGGAAUUGGAAUCAGGAAUCAUUAACAGUUAUUCCACAAAAUCAAGUCGUACAUGAGCUGAUAGCCGACGAGGUGCGUAGCACCGAGGUUAAGUGGAAUAACUGUUUUAUUCUAUCCACACUCACUGGAUUUUGAGAAACGGAGCAUUUUUAUUUUUUGCAAAUUCAAUAAAUAAAAACUUUUACACAAAACGUCCAACAAAAUAAUUUCCACUUAGAAUGUAAACAAACCGGCGAAAUGACAGGAGCAAUUUGUGAAAAAUGCGAUAAUAUUAAUAUUUAUUGAAUUUUUUUUUUUUAAAAAAGGUACGUUCUUACCUUCAAAUACUUCUUUUUUUCACUUUUUUUUUAUUUUUUGGGGUUUUGUUUUCAAGAAGUUAUUUUGUCCUCGGUUGGUUCAGCAACACGCUGCGCCUCCCCCCACUCAUGGUAUAUGAGCUGUUAUCCUAGUAGUAGAGUAGCCAAUCAGAGCACACGAUUGCUCAUAUCCAGUGAAUGUGGAUAGAAUAAUUUCUGAUAGACAUUAUCUGUAGUAAAACUUUUUAAUCACCAGGUACGGACAUUUUCCUCUCCAUUUUUGGGGGGCAAUAUAUUUUCUUACAAAAGAAAUUAUUCUGUCCAUCAUAGAUGGCCAACACUGUCCACACUUUCACUUUCCUUUUGUUUGCUGUCGCAUAUGUUUUGGACAUGAGAUGUAAUUGUAAUUAUUGGAAGAAAAAAUAGAUAUACGCUGCACCUUUUUUUUUUUUUUUUUAAACGCGUGACUCUGGCAACCCUGGGUAUCCAUUAUGUUUUAAUCUUCAUAGCACAUCUGGUGUUCUGUAACAAGAAGCAAAAAAAAAAAAAAAGAACCAUACAAGCCGACAAGGUGAAUGUGCACUUCAAGCUAAUGAUAAAGGAAAGAACUGUCCGAGAUUCGUUCAUAGGGUCUUUUAUUAUCUUUUUGUUGUUGUUUUAAAAGCGAGUGGGUUCUAUGAUUCUUCUCCCUGUUGUAAUGAGCUAAUCCAAACUAAAUUCACCGUUCUGACCGACUAUUUAGUGCGUUCUCCACACGGAGGAUUUGAGAAGGCUGCGAAAACUUUAACCAUGCUAUAAUUUCUGUAAUAUUAACGAAAGCAUGCUAAACAGAACAGAAAACAUAAUGUGCUAGUUUAAUCCUGUUAACCGCACAUGAUCUUUAGUGCAUAACAUUUGUGCAUCAUUGUGCUUGAUGUGACAUGAUGUGACAUGUAAUAUUUAGCUCCAUUUUUGCCAAAUCGACCUCUUCAAAUCUUCCGCCGAAGGAACGUCACGUACCAAUCCACAAGGCGUUUCCUACACAUUCCAUCUUAAGGUACUGAUCUAUAUACACGAGUAAAAUCACACCAAUUCGUAAGUAAUCGCAAAUGUUAUACAUCCUACAAGAAAGCAGAAUCAAAAUCAGACAAGAUUCUUCAUUUGCUUUUUAUCUGCUGAUCAUAUUUUUAUACAGUAUAUGGGUCAAAGACACCACUUUAGGACGGGGGUUUUUUGGUUGUUGUUUUGCCUCAAGGCUUUUCAUUUCACAGAAAAUUAUUAAUAUGCAUAAAUACACUCACCAGCCACUUUCAUAGGAACUUGUUCUUCUGCUGUUGCAUGCUGAGAUGCUUUUCUGCUCACCGCGGUUGUAAAGAGUUGCUAUGAGUUACUAUGUCCUUCCUGGCAAAAAAGCUCUAACCAAUCUGGCCAUUUUCCUCCGUCUCUUAUCAAGACGACAUUUGUUUCCACCCACAGAACUGUCACUCACUCAGUGUUUUUUGUUUUUUACACCAUUCUGUGUAGAGACUGUUGUAUGUGAAAACCCCAGGAGAGCAGCAGUUUCUGAAAUACUCAAACUAGUCCAUCUGGCUCAAACCAACACCCAUGCCACCAGUGAAAGAAAGUCACACUUUGAGAUCACAAUUUUCCCAUUCUGAUGUUUGAAGUGAACAUUAAAGCUAGACUGCCUUUCAGAUUUUUCAAGUGUAGGUCAUAAAAAUAAUUUUUCCCGACACCCAGUUAUUUCUGCUUAGUGGACCGAAAGCUACUGAAUUUGAAUCACAGACUUUUUUUCCAAUUUUUAGUUUUUUUAAAAAUAGAACAAUUAAUAAAUUUAUCUCCACGUCGCUCUAAAUUCUCCACUACUUUUUCCUGCUUCACCAUGACCCAAUACAAGAUACUAUGUCAUGCAUCACGUGGUGGGUUUUCCCCGUUCGCGCAAGGCAUUGCGGGAUGCAAAUUUGAAACCGGAGAGAAAAAUGGAGGACGCGAAUGUGCGAAUGAAACGUGAAAGACCGACUACAGUAACGGAAAGAAAGCGAGAAGAAAAGAUGUUAUGUUAUAUACGAAGGAAAGGAAGCGCAGGACCAAACUAAUAAAUAUUGGCGCUCAGCGAGCACCUCGGUGUGAUCAGCUGUUCGUUUGGCGACAGAACGAUGGAACUGUCAGUGCAUGCUCAAAGGUAAACCUGUAGAUGGCAGUAAUGCGACACCGUGGAUGCCAGCUGCCGUAAAACCCAGAAGAAGAUGACGAAGGUAAACCUGCGCAUGCGCACACGGACUUCCUCUGUCUGCUUGACUGCGCGAAGCGAGCGAUUUCAUGCACAUUUAUUUGCUUUAAUCCCCUCAAAUUAAAUAACUUCCCAGCCACAGAAUGACCUGAAAUAUUUUGAGACAUUACAGAAAUAAACACGUAUCACAAUAACCAAAUUUCAGAGGAAACUAAAUUUCACUCAUAAAGUGGCCGCCCAGUGAGUGUAUGAAAUAUCGUUCCAUUGAAUUUAGCUUUCAAACGUGUUUCGAAAAGCUCUUACUAAGAAAGAAAUAAAGUUCUGAACGGAUCGAUUUGUAAAUAUUGAUGUUAAAUGUUCUGAUAUGAAGAACAAAAAGUAUUUAGUGCGCCAAAUAUAAUUAUCUGUUUGGGUUUAAAUCCAAAAUGGGCGUGGCUUAUUGAUGUAAUUGUUUAUUAUUAUUUAUUUUAUUUAAAUAAACCCUACACCUCUGGAAACAAUGGAAAGCACUAGAAAAAAGAAAAAAAACAGAUCACCACUGUCAGCACGUGUGAAUUCUGACUCAGGACAGUUCCUCAACCUCAGCUACAUCGCUCCAGUUCAUAACUCGUCUUAAAUGGAGAUGAGCGUCUGUAUCUCAUGAAAGUAAAAACCUCCUCCUUGUGCAACUUGCACGCUGUACAUCCAGCAGGAUCUCAUUGGGUUCAAAUAGGUGCCAUUUCUGGAAUAACAAAAAUAAUAGCACCCCUUGUAUUCGUAUCCGUGCUUUUUAUCGUAUUCAUUUAGAAGACAUUAUCAACGUAUUUGGUUACUGUUGCAGAAUCAGGUGUGGAGUUUUUAUUUUUUGUUUGUUUUUGACCCAUAUAAAAAAUGAGAGAGAGCUAUUCUUGACUUUACAUGUUGAAACUUAAGAAUUCGACUUUCCGAAAUUUCCUUUUGUUUUGGAAUGCCGUAGUGGUUUCGUUCAGAACUCGAAAUAUUCCCUUUUUUUGUUGUUUCAUUGCCAAGUACACUUAGUAAAAACAGAGGACACGACAAAGGAAAAGAGGAGGAGAGUAACAGUCGGGUUUUUUAUAGGCCGCAUACAUGAGGUCAUGGUUACGACUUUCUGAUUGGGACUCGGCGAUGACUCGAGCAAACGGGAAUAUUAGGAAAUCAACAUGGCAGUCUGGUCCUCCACUCAGUCAUAGAACCACAUUCGGGUUUUUGUUUUUUUGUUUUUUUUUGCGGGGUUAAAAGAAAAAUUGAAGCCUACCUUAAAACAUUGUGUCCAUUUAACCGUCACUUCUUUUACAACUCCCUUUCCUGUAUUCAUGUUAAGACAUUCUUUAUCUUCUGAAGAAGUCUUCCCAUUUCAGUAUGUGCCAAAUACGAGAUACGCUGACUCAGAAAGCAAAGUGGAAUUCAUAGCGCUUUUAAAAAAUGAAUUAUUACCUUUAACUUUUGGAAUUUAUGACACAUUUCAAGUUCCCCUUUUGUGAAAUAGUUUUCAUUUAAUAUAUUCUACAUGUACAAUGAGACAAUAAAAUACUAUCCAAGCUCUAAAGGAUUUGAGACUGAAUAUAUUGUUAUAGAAUAUUAUUUCUCUACUACGUAUAUACGAUCAUUGCUUACGCCAACCUACUCUUUAUAAAAAGAGCUCUGUGAGGUGACUGAAAUGCCAUGGAAGGUAGAUGUGGAUGUGAAAGCAAGCAGGUCUGUGUAUGGAAAAUAAAUUUAUAACUUUGAA